AUGCAAGGUUGGCCCAAUGAAAGAUCCAAUACUUCUAACGAACUUCAUGCUUAUUGGAACAUUAGAGAUGAAUUAUCGGUACACCAAGGGCUGAUACUAAAAGGUUCAAAGAUUGUAAUUCCAACAAAGAUGAGAAAAGAAAUCCUAAUAAAAAUUCAUGCUGGUCAUCAGGGCAGAGAGAAAUGCAAGCAACGUGCCAGACAAGUAGUAUUCUGGCCUGGAAUCAACAGUGACAUUGAUAACAUAGUUGAGAGUUGCGAGACAUGCCAACAUCACCAGCAUAACCACCAGAAAGAACCAUUAAAGCCAUAUCCAGUUCCAACCCGUCCCUGGCAAGUGGUCGGCACAGAUCUCUGUGAAAUCAACAAGAAAGAAUAUCUUGUCAUUGUGGAUGCAUAUUCCAGCUAUCCGGAAGUGAUACCUCUAUCAAGCCAAAGCAGUAAAGCUGUGAUUAAAGGUAUGAAAGUAACUUUCGCCAGACAUGGCAUUCCUGAUAUUGUUCAUAGUGACAAUGGACCAUGUUACAGUAGUCAAGAGUUUGCUGAUUUCAAGACCAAAUGGGGAUUUAAACAUGUUACCAGUAGUCCUCAUUUCCCGUCCUCUAAUGGGUUAGUCGAGAAGGCUGUCCAGACAGUAAAGAAUAUUAUAAGCAAAUCAAUUGAAAGCGGAACAGACCCGUAUCUCGGACUGUUAGCAUAUAGAUCAACACCACUUGACAACCAUAAAUCACCAGCUGAGUUACUGAUGGGAAGAACACUUAAAACAGAUCUUCCAGUUGUAGAAAACCAGCUCAAUGUUAAAGAUUCCAAAGCAGUUGUUGCAUGGAAAACAAAGAAAAAAGAAAUCCAGAAGGCUUAUCAUGACAGAGAAGCCAAACCUUUGCCACCACUGAAGCAAGGUGAGAUGGUGAGAAUCUACGACCAAAAGAAGUUGAUGUGGGGAGAAAAGGCAACGGUGAAAGAAAAGAUUGCAAUUCGUUCGUACACAGUGGAAACCAAGGACAAAGUUCAAUACAGACGAAACAGGAAACAAUUGAGAAAAAUUACCUCGGGGCACAACGAAACGAGCGGAGAAACAAGUCGAGACAAAGUCGUUACCCUCGAAUGA